AUGCUAGCCGCCCGGAGCAGCGGAGGGGGUCUGGGCGGUGGACACCAGUCGCACCACCCGCACCGCAAACACUCGGUGGCCUCCCUCAGCGGGACCAAAGCCCACCGCAGCAAUUCCCAGGAGGCAAAGCGAGGCUCUUCGACCUCGAAGCAGGGGGCGCAGCAGAGGCACAAGGCGGCGAUGAUCCGGGAGAUGGAGACCAACUGGUACCUGAAGAUGUUUGGAUUGGGCAAAGAGGACACGGUCUCACAUCAGACUGGCAUGCCCUACAGGAACCUUGGGAAGUCAGGACUCAGAGUAUCUUGCUUAGGACUAGGUACAUGGGUGACGUUUGGGGGACAGAUCACAGACGAGGUUGCAGAGCAGCUGAUGACCAUCGCCUACGAGAGUGGAGUCAACCUGUUCGACACAGCUGAGGUGUACGCCGGCGGCAGGGCCGAAGUCAUACUAGGAAACAUCAUCAAGAAGAAAUGCUGGAGGCGAUCCAGCUUGGUCAUCACGACUAAACUUUACUGGGGAGGAAAAGCAGAGACGGAGAGAGGGCUGUCCAGGAAACACAUUAUUGAAGGUCUGAAGGGCUCUCUACAGAGGAUGCAGUUGGAGUAUGUGGAUGUAGUUUUCGCCAACCGGCCCGACAGCAAUACCCCCAUGGAGGAGAUUGUCCGGGCCAUGACUUACGUGAUCAACCAGGGCAUGGCGAUGUACUGGGGGACGUCUCGGUGGACGGCCAUGGAGAUCAUGGAGGCGUAUUCUGUGGCACGGCAGUUUAAUCUGAUCCCUCCGGUGUGUGAGCAGGCAGAGUAUCAUCUCUUCCAGAGGGAGAAGGUGGAAGUACAACUGCCUGAACUGUACCACAAGAUAGGAGUCGGGGCGAUGACGUGGUCCCCGCUGGCGUGUGGCAUCAUCACAGGAAAAUAUGAAAACGGCAUUCCUGAAUCUUCCAGGGCUUCCAUGAAGUCGUAUCAGUGGUUGAAGGAGAAAAUAGUGAGUGAAGAUGGAAGGAAGCAACAGGCCAAGCUGAAAGAGCUGAACCACAUCGCAGAGAAGAUGGUGUGCACGCUGCCUCAGCUGGCUGUGGCGUGGUGUCUAAGAAAUGAAGGAGUGAGCUCGGUUCUCCUGGGAACAUCCAACCCUGAGCAGCUCACUGAAAACCUCGGAGCCAUACAGGUCCUUCCUAAGAUGACAUCUCACGUGGUGUCAGAAAUCGACCACAUCCUGGGCAACAGGCCGUACAGUAAGAAGGAUUACCGCUCUUAGACCAGCCUCCCUUGAUCACCUAACUACGUCACCAUACUGCUACCAUGGACCCGCCGCUGUUCAAUGUUCACGGUUCUCUACUUUGGCCACGACUCGGCUCUAGCUCACUUCAGCCUGGAACAGAAAGCCUCGUCCCACUCAGAUCCCGGGUUCCUCUCAGGUCCAGCUGAGCCAAGAGACGCUUCACAACCUCAGCUUCUUUGCAGCCUCAAAACUCCCCCCAAAACCCCUUUCAGCGUCCGUCCAUUCAAAAAUAACUAUGCAGAGCUUAGUUUUACCCAUACUUAUUUAUUCCGAGCGUAUCCCUUCAGUUUAUUUAUUUAGAAAUGUAAUUAAAUACAUUUUCCAGCUCAAGUCACAAAGCAAGAACAGCUCUCAAUAACUUGUGGUAGACAUGUGCAGUUGGGAUUUCAACUGUAAAGUAUUACUAAUUGGGAUGUUGUCAGUAAAGUAUUGAAAAAGUAAGUAUUAAGUAAAAGUGCCUUGUUCAAGGGCACCUUGAUAGUAGUUGUUGUUAUGAUAUGCUGCUUCCCAUCCUCUCAAUUACUCAUCCUCUGUAAGUAAUUUAAUUUAAGCACAAAAUUCAUCCUGAAGAAACCGCUCUACCACAAGCUGAAAACAUCAAUAAAAGCACCUUUUAUUAAAUAUUAAAGGUAUCUUAGCAAAGUACACAUGAAGGAGCCUCAGUUGCAUGAACACCCCUAGAGUUAGACAGCGCUAUCAUUAAAUUGUUAUGCAGCGCAGCAGAAAAAUGACCAUGCGAGCUCAUUACUGUUCACCUCUCGUGUCAGAGGUGCACGCUCGUGUCGAGAGAUAAAAUGUUUUUCCCAGGAGCUUUAGCAAUGACAAUGCUCUUGACCUUUUUUGGAUGAGGCCUCGACAAAACAUUUCCCUAUUAGCUUGAAUUAGCUUCUACCAAAUGUACUCAGUCCUGUAUUCAGUAUAGCACAGAUAGUUAUUCAGUAGAUGUUCUAGGCUGCAAACCCUGAGUGUUAUUAACCAGCAGGUGCAUGUUCCUCCUGCGACAGUGUGCCUCUGUUUACUUUUCUACAAAGCACAUCAGAAAGGAUUUUGAGCAGAAAUGCUGCAGGCGUGUCUGCAAGCAACGGAUUGUGGGACGUUGUUGUGAUGGGAGAGAGUGAAGCAUGUCGCCCCCGUGUGGUCUUUCCCAGGAACUGCUGCUCUGCUCCAGUAGAUUCUAGAAGAGAGAAAUAACGCAAAUUAUUUUGCGAAAGACGUGGACUACUUUUCUCUCGGUUUGCUUUCAUUACAGAGACAUGUAUCUCCUGUUCUGCCUGUGAACUGAACCUGCACUGCUGAAUGAACCCUGCAGAAAAGGAUUAAAUGUAAUGAAAGGAUGACUACAUCCUGGCCGACAUUGGUUAUGAUAACUGCAAAAUAUUGCUUGUUUAUGGCUCAAAAGACGCAUAGGUAUGUGACAAAAAAAAUAGGACAGUAUUUAUUGUAGAGUAGAUAAAUGAUAGAACUUUAUUUUGACAUUUUGUCUUGAGAAAAAUGGGGAUUUUACGUGUACAAAGCAUACCUUGUAACAUAAGCAAAACCAUGAAGAAGCCUCCCGUGCAGAUGAGGACUUCACAGUACUGUAUGGCUGAUAUAUAAUAUAUAAAUAAGAUGUAAAUACAGUUAUUUUGUUGCUCUUCAGUAGGAUUACUGCUUCAGUGUUUCAGUCUCUCUUCAUACAGUCCUCCUCCAGCCUAACUUCACACAGUAUUCAUUUCUGGUGUGUGGACAUUAUUUAUAGUAUUUAUAAGGAUUAAAGGGUCUGUUUUUUUUGUUUUUGUUUCUUGCAUUGUCAGCCUAGGAAAUCUGUACUAACAGUGGCAUUAUUUAAAGAAGGCGCACCAUCUUUAUCUCAGCUUGUGUAUUGCCUUCAUGCUGUUUCUUUUUCAUCCGGAAAACAAGCCAUCACAGAGAGCAGAAAUGUUGACCAUGUUUCCGUUGAGUCACUUUUCCUCUAUGUACAUUUGUUGACUUGUAGCAUAAACACCCUUCAGAUUCUGAUCAAAGGAAAUGCUACCCCAUGCAGACUUUAACCAGAAAUAAUAAAUAUUGGAACAAAGCAUCAAAAAGCAGUGUUUGGCUCACAGCUUAAGAAAUCUGGCACUAUUUGUUGACAGUGACGGUGUGUUUUCAAAUGUGGGCUAUAUAUUAAAAUAGCAAUGGAUGACAUCUAUCACUCCUGGUGGUAAAUUGUGUUGUUUUGGUUUGUUGCAAGUCAACAAGCCUCCUCUCUGUUAGUCAGUGACCAUAUUUGUGUGGAGACUUCUUCACCCGAUAUAGUGCCUUGGCAUGACUCCCAUUUCAGAAAGAAAUAAAAUCAGCGAUGUCUUUCAUUGCAAGUUGUUAAACGGUGUUUGGAUUCUGUCCUGCAAACAAAGAGAUUUCAAAACGAUAUGUAUUCAGAUUCUUGUAUUACAAUUAUCAAGAUAAUUACACGACUACAUACUAAAUAAAUUAAGAAAUGUACCUUAAAAUUAGGUAUAACAAAACAGGAAUUAGCACCCCUGUCUUCUCAGUCUGACCCUACAGGUUUUUUUGUUUUUUUUAAGAGUGUACACCAUUAUCUUUGUUCCAUCCUGGCCUUCAUUUAAGAACAACACAUUUUAUGGGGACAGUUAUACACCCCAUAGGAGACAAAAUGAAUAUUGGAACCAAUAAAAUGAAUUGUAAGGCAUUAAUACAGUAGAAUUGUUAGGGUGUUCGCCUAAAUUGGUAACUGAGAAAAUAGUAAAGCAGCAACUAAGAUGAAUAAUUGAUGAAUCAGUGUCUACAACAUGCCAGAAAAUUGUAAAAAAAAAAUGUCCAUCCCAGUUUUUUCAGUCCAAGGUGAUUUUUUUGACAUAUUUUACAUGAGAAAUUUAGUUAAAUUAAUAAUCAAAAUGUUGUAAAAAUGAUUAGCACUUUUUUUUCUGUGCUAAUAAGUUGAACUGUUGCAGCUCUAGAAAAUAUUUACUUGUUUAAAAAUGUCACUAUGGAUGCCAAAAUGGAACAAAGCGAAGAAAUGAAAACAAUAUAUGGCUUUAUUUUCUACUUUAACACAAUAGCUUCUGUUUUUGUAGCAAGUCAAGUCAUUUAUUCCACUGUACUUUGGGGAUGGGAACGACUUAACAUUUUUUAAAUUGUUCUGUUGAACUGACGUGCAAACCAUCAGUGUUUCUCUCCUGAUCAGUGUUUUCUCUGUAAAUAGUCAAUAUGAAAGUGUGAUUAUAAAUAAAUGCAUUGCCAACGGAAA